AUGACCCGUGUUUCACCCGAGAUGAGAAGGAAAAGAAAUCGAGAUGCUCAGGCCAAGCACCGGAAGAAGAAGCAAGAAGAAACUAGACGCCUGCAAUCAGAAGUGGAACAUCUCCGCAGAGAACUGCAGGAAGUCCGUGACGCCAUGGCAAGCAACGACAUGCAGCGAUUGAAAUAUAUUGUGCUAGGUGAGAUGCGGCCUUCGACGCCUCAGCCCGAUGCGUCAAGCACAGUCGAGUUAGGCACGCCAAUCACUGACGGAGGGUACGCCGAGUCGUCCGAUCCUUUCCCCAUAUCAUCUAUCAUUCCCUAUUCGAACUACAGCACCCUCGACUGUACGCUCCCCCUAGCAGAGUAUAACCCUUACCCCGCUACUACAUUUCAAACAUCAUUCACAGAAGGCUACAACCAAACCCUGCCAUGGAACUCGCUUCCCUCGGUUCCGGCAUUGCCCAGCAUUGGGUUUUCGGAGUUAUUCGACAUGCCAUCGUGGCUUGACCCGCAGCUGAUGAUUUCAUGA